AUGGAAAACACCCCCAUCGCUCGACGGCUCUAUACUGCCGAUGAGUCGUAUCUAGCCGAGGCCAACUCGACGCUAGAGCAGUUUUCGACGCCCUUGAAGCGGCUCCCAGACACUUCGGUCAACGAAGUUCGGAACGAAAUCCAUCUGGCGCAGCAACAACCGCCGGCGGCUUUUGGCGAGCCUAAUCAACUUUCCCAGCGGUACCAGGCCAUUGGAACCGAGCCGUUGAAACCUAUAAGCAACGUGGCGCUUGGGCUCCGAGCGAAAACAGACCGAGAAACGAUUUUUUCCCAACAGAAGCCGUCUUCCAAACCUGAUGAGACAGUGUACUACCGGCCGCUUUCCAGCGGCGGGCCCAUUCUCCUGGACGACUUUCUUCCCGUGCCUUUGCCCCAGGCCACGCGGAACCCGAUCAUCUCGGCCACGCCAGAACCUGCGGCCCAUACCGAAUACGAAGAACUCGACGAUGAAGACGUCCAAGUAUCUGCGCCCACCGGCGAAUGGACGAGUCCUGUUGUGCGGGAGGCGCUCAGGAGACAGGUGAACAAAGAAAGACAGUUCCGCAACCUCUGGCUGAGUGUGUUGGGCUUGCUUGCGUUCCAUUUGGCUCUCCACUUUCUUGCGUACUUCUACAAGCUCUACCAGGUGAUGUACUUUGACGAAAACGCCAUGUACCGCAAGAGCUUGUGGGCUUCGAUCCAGAGGUCGUCUUACGUGCAAGACAUGUACCGCUGGGCGGCGACAGGCUUUGCUUAUGCCCACCAUCUCCAGUGGAUUUGCGUGUUCCGAAUUGUCGUGAGUCUUGUGCAGUUGUUGCGUCCGCAAGAUCAAUGCAAAGACUUGCCUUUGACAAACAGGCAGCGGCGGCUCAUUGGGCUCAAGGAGGUGGCUGUGAGCGACGACAAUGAGGAGGCACAGCUUGUUUCAAAGCAGCGGCUUUUUGAGAUGUCUGCCUCAGAACCAAUCAAAGUGCCCAAGUAUGCGCAAACAAACCUGCUUUCGGGCAUUGUGAGGCGGACAGUGAAGAAAGAAGACACAUCCAAAGAAGCGGAAUUGGAGUUGCAGAAUAUCAUUCCGCAAAGACGUCUAGUGAGAUCGGGGCCCGCCUUCAGCCAGAACAAGGAGGACAUGACACAGCGGUUUGCACGAAAUUUCAAUCUCGAUUUCUAG